AUGAGCACCCAGCUCCGGUUUGGUGGUGACCUGGAAGGCUUGAGAGACUCGCUAGAUUACAUCGCCGGCAUGGGGAUCAAGGCUCUCUAUAUCGCAGGCUCUCCUUUCAUGAAUCUUCCAUGGGGCGCCGAUUCGUACUCGCCCGUCGAUCUGACACUUCUCGACAAACACUUCGGUACUAUCAAGGUGUGGCAAGAGGUCAUCGACGAAAUUCAUGCCCGCGGCAUGGCGGUGGUGCUCGAUAAUACUAUGGCAACGAUGAGUGACUUGAUUGGGUUCGAAGGCUUCCUGAACGAAAGCACACCGUUCCGGGUCGAGGAACACAGGGUAAUGUGGAAGACAUCGAGGCGAUAUCUCGACUUCGACAUCAGCAACGAGUAUAAUUCGUCGUGCAACUACCCCCAGUUUUGGUACGAGGAUGGGACACGCAUCAACCCGCCGGGUCUUCAGGGCUGCUACGACAGCGAUUUUGAUCAGUACGGCGAUAUCGAGGCGUUCGGCGUUUUUCCUGACUGGAAACGCCAGCUCGCAAAGUUCGCUUCCGUCCAAGAUCGCCUUCGAGACUGGGAACCUUCGGUCGCGGCUCGUCUCGAGCUCUUCUCCUGCAUGGCUAUCAGGAUGUUGGAUGUUGAUGGGUUCCGCAUCGACAAGGCUGUCCAAGUUACCGUUGACGCCCAGGCGUCGUUCAGUUCCGCCAUGCGGAAAUGCGCAAAAGAGGUGGGCAAGGAUAACUUCGUGGUCUUUGGCGAAAUCACCAGCGGCAACGACCUCGGAUCCAUCUAUUUAGGCCGUGGGCGGGAAUCUCAGGCGGCCAAAACCUUGAAGGGCGACUGGACCAAAGCAAUGACGAUGACGCCACCUUCGACCGACAAGUCUGGAAUGUUCAUCCGUGAUGCUGGCAACAGCGCUCUUGAUGCCGGCGCUUUCCAUUACUCCAUUUACCGUUUCAUGACCCGCUUCCUUGGCCUGAGCGGGAAUCUAGAAGCAGGCUAUGACUUGCCUCUGGACUGGGUUGACGCCUGGCACCACAUGGUUGUCACGAACGACUUCUUCAACCCAUACACCAAUGAGUUCGACCCCCGGCACCUUUACGGCGCGACAAACCAAGACGUCUUUCGCUGGCCCGCCAUUGAACAAGGCGUUGAGCGCAUGCUGUUGGCUUAUUUCAUCACCACCAUCCUCCUGCCCGGUGCCCCUCUGGUUUAUUAUGGCGAGGAGCAAGCCCUAUAUGCCUUGGAUGGCACCGCUUCCAAUUACGUCUAUGGUCGUCAGGCCUUUGCUCCCUCGCCAGCAUGGAAGGCACACGGCUGCUUCGAACUUUCAGUUGACCAGUACAUCGGGUGGCCCAUCACGAAAGGGCGCAAGGGUUGCGAAGACGAGAAGGUUGCCUGGGAUCACCGUGACCCCUCCGCGCCCCUUCGCAAUAUUUUCCGCCGCAUGUUUGCUCUCCGAGAUGCCUUCCCAGUGCUCGAACACGGCUGGCUGCUUGAGAACCUUGCCAAGCAGACCGAGUCAUACCCACUUAACGGUAGCACGGUCGAGACCGAGUUUGGAGUGUGGAGUGUUGCUCGCGGCAUGUUCACCCAGUUACAGAACGACACGGACAAGCCGGUGUGGCUUGUCUACCACAACCGCCCCAACCGCACGACUUACAACUUCGUCUGCACUGAUAUCAACAAGGCAUUUGUUUCGCCCUUCGACGCAGGAUCUGACGUCGUGAAUCUUUUUGGCCAAGACAAGUCCAUCCGGCUCGAGUCUUCUCCGCGGAAGAACAACUUUACUGGCACUGGUGCAAGCGCCGGAUGUAUCCCCAGCAUCACUUUGGAACCAUACGAAUUUCGCGCUUACGUCGAAGCCACAUCCUGGGUGCAGCCGGCGCCUAUGAUCACGAAGUUCGAACCGGGUCAUGACUUUCCUAUUGACUCGACAGACCGCAACGGCGAGCUCGGUGAGAUUGCUAUCGAGUACAACGUCCAAAUGAACUGCGACUCCGUGACCAAGGCGCUGUCCGCCGUCGUUGUCACCGACGGCAAACACAACGCCACCACUCUCAAGUUUCAGACGCCCAAAUGCGAAAAGAUCACUCCCGCGGAGAAGAUCCCUUACACGGGGGCCGUCCAAUCGAGCUGGAGGUUGACGACGAGCCUACGGGACGUUCCCGAUGGUAUUGUCAAAAUCACUGUAGCCAACGCUCUCUCCGAGGACAAAGUCCCGACCAACGCAACCGACCAUUUCCUCAUCCGGUUUGGCAAACGUCUCAGCAACCCUAUCAUCUUUCCAACUGCCAAUUACUCGCGCACUUUGCUAUCCAUGGAGGGAAGUGCGAUCAAGCCACUGGGGUCAUCGGCCUUUGUACAGCACGCUGACAGCAGCGAUGUCCAGUUGGAACGCGGCUUUCCUCACAUCAGAAUUCAUGGCCCGUACAACAAAUGGGGCUAUGAUGCUGGGUUGCCUGGCUCCAUGGAUCUAGUUGCCCACCGUACUUGGUCGCUGCAUUACAUGUAUGAGUGGCCGGCGAACUUCCAGCUCAACAUCUGGGGCAUCAACCCGGAUAAUCAGCCAGACGUCGGAGCCAUCUUCGGAGACAUUGAUAACGACGGCAUUGUCGACCGCCUCCCUCCCAGCAGUCUGGCAAAGAACGUCAUCAACAUCACCAAGCCGCCGCCGAUGCCAGCCCUCGCCUAUAAGCUCGUUUACUACGAUGACAAAUUCCAGUUCGAGUACCUCCCCACGGGGCAUGUUGGCAUCCAAAUUCUGCUUUUCAUCCUCCUCACUGUCCUGCCGCUUUUACUUGCGAUUUUGGCUGGGUGGGUCUACAUGCGCAGCUUCUACCAAGUUAAGGUGAACAAAUCGGGGUUCACGAGCAAGGGAUGGAAGCCGCUGAAGCUCGGUACGGUUUCCAGGCUCGACCUCAAGUCAUUCACGAAGCGUGGGGUUGAGAUGAGUGCCAUGACACCGACACCGCCGCCAAGCGCCGCCAUGACUCCUCUCGGUGCUUCCGGUGGGCGUCGUACCGUCCUCAUUGCCACCAUGGAGUACAACAUCGAUGAUUUCGGCAUCAAGAUCAAGAUUGGUGGCCUGGGUGUUAUGGCCCAGUUGAUGGGUACGGCGCUGUCUCAUGUCGACCUCAUUUGGGUUGUUCCUGUGGUGGGCGACGUCGACUACCCCACCGACCGCAUGACACGCGCGGAAUCCAUGUUUGUCAAAGUCAUGGGUCAGCCUUACGAGAUCGAAGUUUAUUACUACACUACCAAGAACAUCACCUUCGUUGUCCUCGAUUGCCCCAUAUUCCGCAAGCAAACGAAGGCGGAUCCUUACAUUGCUCGCAUGGACGACAUCGAGAGCGCUAUCCUCUACGCCGCGUGGAAUAGCUGCAUCGCUGAGACGAUCCGUCGAUUCCCGGUUGACGUCUACCACAUCAACGACUACCACGGUGCUGCGGCUCCCCUUUACCUCCUUCCCCAGACGAUCCCCUGCUGCCUUUCUCUCCACAACGCCGAGUUCCAAGGCAUGUGGCCGAUGCGAACACCAGAGGAGCAAAAGGAGGUUUGCGAGGUCUUCAACCUGCCCCCAGAAGUGGUCAAAGAUUACGUCCAAUAUGGUUCGGUCUUCAACCUACUCCACGCCGGCGCGAGUUACCUCCGUCUACACCAGCGUGGUUUCGGUGCGGUGGGCGUGUCUAGAAAGUACGGCGAUCGUUCCCUGGCCCGUUAUCCCAUCUUUUGGAGCUUGAAGAACAUUGGACAGCUCCCCAACCCCGACCCGUCCGACACGGCCGAAUGGAACCCUGACAAAGACGUCUCGAAGCAGUCCAAGGGCAUCGAUGUCGACCAGGGUUUCGAGGAGAAGAGAGGGGAUCUACGACGCCAAGCACAAGAGUGGGCUGGCCUGGAAGUUGAUCCCACAGCGGAACUAUUCGUUUUUGUCGGUCGUUGGAGUUUGCAAAAAGGCGUGGAUCUCAUUGCCGACAUCUUCCCUAGUAUCCUGGAGAAGUAUCCCAAGACACAGCUCAUCGCUGUCGGUCCCGUUAUCGACCUUUAUGGCCGGUUCGCGGCCCUCAAGCUUCAGAAGCUGAUGGAGAAGUACCCCAAGCGGGUGUUCAGCAAGCCUGAGUUCACCCAACUGCCGCCGUACAUUUUUAGCGGUGCAGAAUUUGCACUGAUCCCGUCGCGUGACGAGCCAUUUGGCUUGGUCGCUGUCGAGUUCGGUAGGAAGGGCGCUCUAGGCGUGGGGGCGCGUGUUGGAGGUUUGGGCCAAAUGCCAGGUUUCUGGUACACAGUCGAGUCCAUGACUCCAUCCCAUUUACUCCAACAGUUCCGGCAAGCCAUUGUCUCGGCGCUCGACUGCAAAUCGUCCAAACGCGCGUUGAUGCGUGCGUGGAGUGCCAAGCAGCGGUUCCCCGUUGCGCAAUGGAUUAAGCAGUUGGAUGAACUCUACAGCGAGUCCAUCCGCAUCCACAACAAGGAAGCGAGGAAGAAGAAGCUCGAUGCACUGCGCGCUCCCAGCCCGAACCCGUCACGACCGUCUUCCCCUGCUAGCGAGGCCACAUAUGUUGAGCAAGGGUCUGCGAUAUACAGCCCGGGGCCCGAAACACACUUGGUGCCACCAUCCCCGUCGGCCUCUCCAGCACCGAGGUCCGUAAUCAGCCCCGAUUUGCCCAGUCCUUCGGCCCCGUGGCUAGGAGGCACAAGAUCUAGUUCGCCCCGCGAUUCCACCGUCAGCUCCCUCGCGGGAAGCAUCUACGGCAAUAACGCAGCGCGGGAGAGUACCGUUAGCGUGGAUAGCUUUGCGGUUCGUGCACAGAAGGAUGGCAUGGCGUCGCCGGGUUUAACUCCCAACUUUGGGCUCGCGCCACCCCGUCCCACGCUCGGACAGAGCCAUCGCAACAGCAGCCUGCUCAGUCUUCCUGACGUCGUCGGCGACAGGCACGACCUGAAGCUGCAGCAGGUGGACCAGUUCUUCAAUGAUUCAAAUGGCGAGUACUAUGCCAUAAUUCUGUCCAUCCGUCUCGGAGACUGGCCACUCUACUCCUUCCUUCUCGCUCUUGGGCAAAUCAUCUCGGUCAGCUCGUACCAGAUUGUCCUUCUCACGGGUGAGACGACCCAGACACCAGAGAAGCUGUACAUGGUUGCAUCAACAUACAUCGCAACUUCGUUGAUUUGGUGGGGGCUUGAGCGGAACUUCAAAUCUGUCUACGCUCUGUCGAUACCUUGGUUCUUCUUUGGCUUUGCCUUCCUACUGAUCGGCAUUGCGCCCUUUAUCCCCGACUGGCGUGUUGCCAACAAGCUCGAGGACGCUGCGACAUGCUUCUACGCUGCAGGGGCGAGCAGCGGCGCGCUUACGUUCGCCUUGAACUUCGGUGACGAAGGUGGCUCGCCAACAAAACAGUGGAUCACGCGCGCCUUGACUGUCUCGGGUUUCGCGCAAGUUUACAGCAUCGGGCUCUGGUACUGGGGUUCCAUGGUGGCCAACACGGACCCGACAGCAACCGUCUUCGUGGGCACCUCGAACGUCCCGCAAGCCAUCGUCGUGGGCGUGCCCAUCGCUGUCAUCUUCUGGGCCAUUGGCGUCGUGCUCUACCUCGGCCUUCCCGACUUCUACCGCCAGUCCCCGGCCACCAUUCCGGGCUUCUACAUCUCGCUCUACCGCCGCAAGAUCGUCCCCUGGUUCUUCGUCAUGAUUAUCCUACAGAACUACUGGCUGUCUGCCCCCUACGGCCGCAGCUGGCAGUUCCUGUUCAACACCCAACACGUACCCGGGUGGGGGAUCUUCCUGCUUGCCCUCGGCUUCUAUUGUGCCCUGUGGGCGCUGGUCCUCUACGGCUUUUCAUACUUUUCCGACGAACAUACCUGGCUCUUGCCCAUCUUCGCCAUUGGCCUAUGUGCCCCGCGGUGGGCCCAGGAGUUCUGGGGCACCAGCGGUAUCGGCUGGUACCUCCCGUGGGCCGGCGGCCCCAUGGGCUCGGCAAUUGUGUCGCGUUGUCUUUGGCUGUGGCUGGGCCUGCUGGACAACAUCCAGGGUGUCGGUCUGGGCAUGAUGCUUUUGGCGACAUUGACGAGACAGCACGUGUUGACGGUGCUGAUCGGAGCGCAGGUGGUGGGUAGUGCGUUCACGAUGCUGGCGCGGGCGACGAGCCCCAACGCGCUCUCGCCGCAUACGACGUUCCCGGACUUCUCACAGGGCGUCAUGCCUGGCGCGGCCAGUCCGUUCUUCUGGGUGUGUUUGCUGUUCCAGCUGAUCAUUCCCAUCGGCUUCUUCAAGUUCUUCCGCAAGGAACAGGUUUCCAAGCCUUAG